CUGCUGGUGCAUGGAAUCACCAUGGUCAAGAAUGGAGCUUCAUGUCUCUACACGGAGGCGCGUCUGAACAUUGAGCCCGCGUUCCCCGAUUCCACCGUCUCCGUCACCCUCCCCGCCGCCAGCACUUCCACCUUCGGCUUGCAAACCCGCCCAAAACGAUCUGUUAUCACCGAGACAUAUGUCGGUCAAAGCGAAGACGCGUUUUCCAAGCGCCAUCUAGCCAGCGAUGGCUCCAUGUUCUUCAGGAAUACACACAGCUACCCACGCAGUUUCCUCUGGCGCAUCUUGGACGGCAGGAAGACGCUCGAGAUACAAGCUACCGAUCUCGAACACAAUGUAGAUCAUAAAAAGGAAGCAAACUUGACUUUGCUCCUUCAUUUCGGUUCACCGCUUCGACCCUUCUGCGUCGCAUUUGCCGAGCCGGAUGAUCGAGAUGCCCUGGUCGUCUUCGCCAUUACUGAUGCAUGCGAGCUAUAUACCAUCACCAUCCACCGCGAUUUUUUCUGGAAGCUAGAUGCCUCGGAACAGGAUAUCGAUGAUUGGUGUAAAAGAACGAGACCCAACCUUUUGAGCACUCAAAAGCCAUAUCGCCUGGUCGCCGUGAGCGCGAAUGAAGUUCUAGUUUCGCUUGACAAUGGCGGCAUAGUACGUCUGACAAGGAACAAGAACGAUGACGCUCUGUGGCAAGAAGAUCUCUAUCAAGAAAGUCAAUGGUCUCUCAUGGGCAUGCUUCCCUGGAAAGGACAACAUACAAUUCGGUUUAAUAAUAGCAUAGAUCUAGUACCAUCAUCCGCCGCCACGAUGGCGGUUUCUCCUGAUGGCAAACACAUCAUAUCCGCCUGCUUGGACCAUCGGUUGAGAAUCUUCAAUAUCGCGUCUGGAAAGAUGACUCUGCAGCGGGAUCUUCUACACAAAGCGGAUGGGUCACACGAGAGGAACCCUCCGUAUGCGAUCGGGCCGUCGCAACGUGUAUUGCUUCAGGUUGUAGAUGUCAGAGGUGAUCAGUCGCAAGGUGCCGAAUAUCACAUUGUGACUUACUCUCCCCUGGAGCACCAAUUCAAAUUCUGGGGCGUAAGAGACGCGGAUGAUGAUCUUGACGGAAUCUACGACACAAGAGACGAUGUCAUUUUCAGUCCUCCGGUUGAUGACCUGAUGGAUGCGACUGUGUGGACAAUGGAAGAGUUCGUCAUUGUCCCUGAACCAUCGCGAUUGAGGCAUGUGGAGAUCUGGAUCCGAGCGAGGUCUGGACCAAGCAGCAAAGUAUAUUCUUUGGCAUUCGAUCUUAAAGGUGACUUGAAGAAUUUGUCAACGAUGUGGAAGUGCGGGUGGGCGACGGUACACCCAGGGCCUCUGACGGUAGAAGGGCUUAGAAACAAUCCUGCAAAUCCAGGAGAGCAAGAGUACGGUCCCGAAUCGUCAGACAUGAAUCUUUCCGACCAAUGGCUGGACUUUCUCCUUUUCCCCGGCCGAUUUACAUCUGCCACGCUGGAGGCAGCGCACACAUACUUACGCAAGGGGUUAGACAACACCCCUAGUAAAUGGAUGCCCAAAGGUCCUUUUAAGGAACGCCUCUGUGCAACUAUUUACGCACUGGCAACAGCUGCCCAGCGUGGUGUUUCUGGGGUGCACCCCUAUGGAGAAACGGUGGCCGAGCAUUGGCAGUCCUACUAUGGUGUCGUCAAAGAUAUGCACAAACGCCGGGGAGAAUCAAUUUGUCUCAUCUAUGAUCAAAAACUGGAUAUGCCCUGGCUAGUCUUGAGUGACUACCUUUCAGCCAUCCGAAAAUGCAGCGAAGCGGAAGUUAUUGCCCUGAACGCAACCACAGUGUCCAGCUCACUCCCACUCGCCUUAUCAUUGCGCCAAGCUCCUCCCCAUAACCCAGAGGGUCAAGAAGAGAGGCGACAGGUGGCCAGGCUGCUCAAUGCCGCAGCAUCAUUGCGUCGACGCUUUCCGCUUUCUUUCCAGCGAGAGCUGAAGCAACAGAUUGAACUGGAUCUGCUGCAAAGUCGACCGCUCACCGUAGUUGAUCGCAUGGAACAAAUGGACCUCAACUGUGAUUUGUCGCAAUUGAUUAUCGAAGAGGACUUGUCCUCGUUCUUGGAAGAGCUUGGAACAGAGCUGGAGGAUCUGGGCACUGACAUAUUCAUCCAAGCCUUGAGCAUGCUUUCCAUCGACGUAAAUGAACGGCCUGAGAAGCGGAAGCAAAUCGCGCGAUACGGCAUGGCCGCUCUACUCACCACAUCGCAAGAAACUCUAGAACGCAAUUAUGAUAUCUUACUGGACUUGCUGGUAGUCAUACUAUUCAUGCAGUUCGAAGAUAACCUAUCUGUCGAUUUCGAUGCUUCCACGGUCUUCGUGGAGUUGAUGAACUUUCUCAAGGAUUAUCUUGUACUGAGGUGGCUCGCGACUACAGUCUGGUCCCACCAGGCGGCAACUUCACCUGCUAUAGAAUCGCUUAUGGUAGCAUUGGGUGAAGCGUACAACACCACCCGAUUUCCUAUGACACAAACUGUUCUGGAAGGAAUUCAUGGCUUGAAUGCUCACGGCCUGUCAUUACCAUCAAAUCUCAAAUCCGAAAAACUUACCUGCUGGACUCUCGCGUGGCUAAAUAUCUUCUUCAAUGAAACGUUCGACGAAAAGGUGGACGAGACAUUGGGCAUACUGCUUGUUCAAAAGGAACACGUAUUGGCUUUGGAUUUCUCGAGAUUUUCCAACUCAAAGUCUGCUUGGUCUACCUAUCUCAAAGGACGGAUGCAUCUUGCAAUGGGCGAAAAUGGACGGGCGUCAAUCUGCUUCCAAAAGGCAGCACACAAUCUUGCAAUAAGCAGCAUGUUUGACGUUCACAUGUCAGACAGUGCAAACCUCUUGUCAGAUAUCGAGCGCGGCGAUUUCUCCGAGGGGUUCGCCAGAUAUUAUCAUCAUGUCUUGACUUUGUACGAAAAGGCUAAAGCACACUCAUACGCAGCUGAUUUCGCACACUUGGGACUUAGGAGUCUAAUGGGUAACCAAGACCAGGCAUUGAAAGCCGAAUUCCUUCAGCGCCUGUUUACUGCUUCCGUCCAAACCUCAAGGUUCACUGAAGCUUAUGGCGCAUUGAUACGACAUGGAGAUGGGGGCUUGAAACACUCUUCUCUCCAAAAAUUGAUCACAUCAAUGGUGUCGCAGUCACAAGCGGCAUCGCUGCUCAGGCUUCCAUUAGUCGGUCUUCGAGAUGAUGUGGAUGCCAUCCUGUCGGAUCUUUGUAAUCGAACAUUAAACCUUGCGUCAGGUCCUCCUUAUCAUCAGAUUCUCUACUCAUUCCGAAUUUCAAGAGGAGAUUUCCGCGGUGCGGCAACUGCUCUCUACGAGCGACUUCAGCGUCUUAGGUCAACGUCUUCCAAGGUUCAUGACCCAGCGGAUGAGUCUCUUACACAGUGUUACCUACUAAUCAUCAACGCACUACUAUCAGUGUCGGCGGAGGAUGCGUACAUUGUAGCAGAGCAACGCAUAGACGAUAGCGCGGCGCCUGCAUGGACGAUUGGAAAAGCGAAGAAGAUGCUGAAGAGGCACAUUGUUACUCUGGAUACGCUGAGAAAAGAGUAUCAGGCAGAACUGGAUCGUGUGGCAGCCAUUGAAACAGGGCAGUUUCCUUUUGUCGAUCCUUCAGACGAUAUGGACAUUUUGUAA